AUGGAUUAUACCUCCGUACCGGACGUCAUCUCAGCGAGACGGCUUAUUGAGGAAAUUUGGAGGGAGAACACAGUGAAUGGCACCAUCACUAAACACAAUUCCCCUGUGGGACGCCUGCUAGAAAAUGCACUCGAAGCGUGUAGCUUAUCUCGUGAGCUUUAUGAAAAGCAGACGCACUUCCUGCUUGAGCUCAUUCAGAACGCGGAGGACAACACCUACGAUGACGUGACUCCCAGUCUCAGCUUUACCUACAAGCGAGGUAGUCUCCGCGUCGACUGUAACGAGACUGGCUUCACCGAGAGAAAUGUCAGGGCAAUCUGCAAGAUUGGUGAGAGUACCAAGGCUGGCCUGGGUCAGUCUGCUCGAUACGUUGGCGAGAAAGGCAUCGGCUUCAAAUCCGUCUUCAAGGUUGCCAGCGAGGUUUAUAUAUCCUCGCGCAGCUUUUCUUUCAAGUUUGAUCAAGCGCAAGCUGUCGGUCUCAUUGCCCCCAUCUGGUCUGAAUUUCCCGAACCCAUCCGGCCUGGAUAUACGUCGUUUUAUCUCAAACUUUCUGAGAACACCGACGAAGAACACAUCGCUCGUGACAUCAAACGUCUCGACCCUACCAUGCUCUUAUUUCUUAGGCGCUUGAGAGAGAUCAAUCUCAAAGCCACGCUUAUGGACGGCAGCACGUGGAGUCAGACCCUUCGGCGACAAGAUGCUUUGACUCAGGACAGUCAUAUCACCCAACUUCAUCGAGGACCCACCGUUUCCGACUACAUUGUAGUGAAGCAUCUCGUUUCUAAUCUCCCUGAAGAGAAGGGUCGGGUCGGAGUUACAGAAUCUGAGAUAUCGCUCGCCUUUCCUCCUCUACAUGAGACAUCAGAAGGACAUACUCACGCAGUUUAUGCCUUCCUCCCAAUCCGUGACUACGGGUUCAAGUUUCUACUUCAAGGAGACUUUAUCCUCACUGCCAACCGGGAAGAUGUCCCAGACAACCCAUGGAAUCGCGCUCUACGUGAAGCCUGUGCCGAUGCUUUUGUUCGAGCUAUCCACCAUUUGAACUCCGGACCUCGACGAUACGCUUGGAUCAGUUACAUCCCAGGCCGACAUAUACUUGGCUUCUUUGAACCUCUUAGAGACAUGAUCCUGGAAAAACUUUCCCAAGAGCCGAUAUUGGAGGCGUGCUCUCGGAAGAUGGUUGCGCCAGCGACGCUCUCCUACGUCCCUCUAUCCCGUUUUACCGACGAUGAUGGGUUGCCCCUAACACUAUCUCCUAGCACCAAGGAUUUGUACCUCUCUUGUUCGUAUCCUGCACUUGACUAUACCUUGCUGUCCCGCUUAGGGACUCAAACACUGGAUAGCAACAGCUUCCUUCAGCAUCUGAGUUCGAUGAUUUCGACCAGGCCCCAACAUUUCCGCCAGAAACCCAGGGAAUGGCAUGAGAAGCUGGCCAAUGUAUUGAUCGCUCUCUACAAAGCGGAGCGGCAUCGCGAUUGCAUCAAAGGCUUGGAAAUUAUUCCCUUGUCCAACGGCGAAUGGGUAUCGGCGGACACGGGACCAAUCCAUUUCAGCGAAGAAACCCAGCAACUGAAAAUUCCAGAAACCGUUCCGAUGCGCACAGUGAGUAGAUCCAUCAAAGAAAGUUCCUCACAAAUGAAUCUCUUCCGUCAACUCGGCGUGAAGCCACGAAUGGACAGUGCAGAUGUAUGUCUUCGCAUCAUCAAACUUCAUGGCGAUGUGUCAUUCAAGCCAGGCAGCUUAACACAUGCCCAGCUUGAAGAGCAUAUCGCCUUCAUGUUCAGGGCCUCUUUCCAUCCAUUGGAGGCAAUCGACUUGUGGUUCGCCACCACAGACAAUCAACGUGUGAAGGGAUCAUCGUUAUACAGCCGUGGCCAAUGCGAGCCUGGGUCCUUGAAAGACCGGAUUCGAAAGCAUGUCGAAAAAGGCUAUCCGGUACUCCACAGCGUAUAUACUCGAGACUUUUCAUCAAACGCGUCAGAAAAAGAGACGUGGUCACGGUGGGCUCAGCAGUGCUUCCAUAUUCAGCCAUCAACCUUCCCUAGGAUCUCCGCGGGCGCUCCCCAGGGUAAAAGGGCCGGCACCCUCCGCCUUUCUAACGAAUUCGAAUCUCUCUUCAAAGGCUGUCGUUCGUCUGAUGUUCUUGAACUGCUCAGACUGCGAUGGCGAGAUUACUCGCAAGUUGUUGAGGAGGUCUUUACAAUUGACGGCAAGGGCUUGGGAAACCCCGUGAAGGAUUCUAUCAUGGCAAUGAAAGUCAGAUGCUGCACAAAGGGAAAAUCAUAUGACCACUGCUUCCGGCAAUUUGGAGAAACCGUUCUUCCAUCAUUAGACAGGAUCGUUGAUGGAGAGUCUUGUAUUCCACUUCUGGAUGUCCCUGGCCCCCCGAAACAGUGGGAGUUUCUCAAAGUCUUCCAAGUCUCGGUGUAUCGAGACAUCGAGUACUACGUUAGGUGUCUACUGGCUAUGAAGAGCUCUGCCAAAAAGCCCCUGAGGAAAACUGUCGUGCAUAUCUACGAGCGAAUUCAAGCCGACUACAUGGAAAACAAAAAGGAGAUCAGAAAAAGCUUUAUGCAGAAGCCCCUGAUCUACACUUCUCUCUACUCGUCUGGGAGUGAUCCCGAGAUGUGCUGGAUAAGCGGCAAAGAAUGCCUCGAAAAGAACUUGGACAUUGCCAUAGAGUAUGAGAGCAGUGCUACCUUGUUUCGUCAUGUACUCGGAACUGGAAGAAACGCCAUGGAACGUCAGCUUCACAGUCUCCGCGCCAUCACCAAGGAAACGGGCCUGGGCGACAUUCUGACAUUUUUCGUCAAGAUAGACCGACUUAUUCAGGCUCAGGGCUCUCAAUGGUUUAAAGCCGCUGCCGAGGAGCUGAAAAAGUCACUUCCAGUCUUUCCCAUUUUGAAAAACAAGAGCGACAACGAGUAUGACGCUCUCGCACCUCUCAACCCACGCUUUCCACCCUGGUUCAUCGCUGAUCGCGAGCACCUGCGCGAUAGCUUUUCUGGAUGCGUCGAUAUUCUUGCCAUCUCCCCACGCGACAUCCAGUCCAUCCAGGCAUUUCUCGAGGCCUUGGAUGUUCAGCCUCGAGUUCUCUCCACAAUUGUCAAGGUCGAAUCUCAUGCGCUAGGCAAGCCGAAAUUACACAAGGCGUACACACAGUCUCUGCGGCGAAAAGCUGGGUUCAUUACUGCGUUGAUACCGAAACAGCUGGAAGGCCGAGAUGAUCUUGUUGGGGAGGUUCUUGGAGUUGAAGUCAAUCUUGCGGCUGGAAUUGUGCAAAAAUACACAUUCGAAUACGGAGGUCGCCACUUUUCAGGUGCUGAUGGUCCAGGUGAGGUUGCCCUCUCGAAGCGGAAUGGCAGACUACAGGUGUUUAUGACAAGGGAGAACAUUCUGGCCACUGUACCCCCUCCCGAGCUUGGAAAUGAGAUCUGUGAUCGGUACGGAAUCGUCAAUCCAGCUUACCGUAACCUGGUUCACUUCUCCCUGGGCGAAAACAGUCCACGGCGAUUAUCAAGUGCUUUCACAAGGGAAGGGAUCCAUGUCCCCUACUCAGACAACGAAACUGCUGCACUUUGGCGGGACGAGGUUUUAGAUGAUAUCUUGACUGACGAAGGGGACGAGACACGAGACGCCUCAGAAGACAAAUUCCAGUCGAAAUUCAAGCAUCUUCCAGCCGGCUUUCUAGGCGACACUGACGGAGAGGACCGGCGACUUCCACUGAAGUAUUUCAAAUGGUCGGAGAGAAUUCUGUUCCGAAGCACGUCUUCUGAUUCAGGCACGGGUUACCAAACGGUGCUCCGGCAGGAGCCAGCUCAUGGCCAAUAUGCAGCAGAAGUCCUGCUUUAUCUAACAAAAUGGGCGAACAACCAGACCUCAGCGUUUCUACAGCGGGAACUGGGCAAUUUGUACAAGCCAGAUGAGCACUGGACCAGCCCCCAGCGCUACAAAGCUGGCCAUACCAGAUUCUCUCGACCAGUUGUGUCUUGUGCCACGUUCACUAUCACCGGCCCCGAGGCGAGCCGCAAAUUCUCAGCUGCUCUGGCCAAGCGCGGUUUUCAGGAAGCAAGCACCUGGGUCUGGACAAACAGUGACCCGACAUAUCACCUUGACAUGGCGGUUUCGCCAGGGGGGCCGGCAUCUGACUUCGCCUGGACGAGCCAGCAAUUCGAGAGGAUGCGCGCAUUUCGAACAGAGAAGCAAAAAAGGGCCAGUUUCAGUGUGAAGGAUGUUCACGUCCUGAUUCGCAUCUCACACAUAUUCACCAGCCCUGCCAUUCAUCUAUUCGUCGACCCGUGGCGCCUGUUCUGCUUGGAGAGGUUUGCUUUACGCGGCAACUGGACUUUUGCGGCCACUAUUCUCGACCCAAGAAGGAGGGGCGAUUUAGAUCCAGCAGGCGCUGGUCAACCUCCGAUCCAGCUGUCACUAACACCUCCAGGGUCACUUGUGGCCUCUCACGGCUUGGGAAAAUACGGAGACUCAUCAAGAGAAUCACUCUGGACCGAGUCCUGCAACACGUCUAUCAGUUCGAUGGGCAGCGACGGCUCCUAUUUGCCUCCGCAUUCAAGGCUCGGCCUACAUUUACCACAUGAACAGAUGCCGGUGGACGGCUGGUCGUCUCAACAGACGUGGCAGGGGGGGAACCAGGGAGCCGGUCACUGGCUAAGCCCAUCGCAGGCCGGCAUGCCUUGUCCCCAGAUUCCCGCGGUCCAUCUUGCACAUCCGAUGUAUCAACCCCAUAACCACCAGCUUCUAGGAAUUCCAGGACAACAUGUUCACAGAGGAAGCCUUGGAGGACCGGUCAGUGACUGUCACCCGCGGUCAACAUCCCUCUUUCCACUCACAAUACCUCAGCAAUCAUCAAAUCCAAAUUGCAAUCCAUCCACUACCCCUGUCUCUAUUGGCUUCCUCAACAAUGACACCGGUUCUGCCACCGAGUUUUUGUACAAACCGCUAAGCAAGGACGACAUCAGACUCCUCCUGCUCCAUCCAGGCCAAGAAGAUUGUCAACUACGAGCAGUUGUUUACCGCUGCCCGCUUCUUACGGCAACAAACUUUCAAGCAGUUUCGUACACAUGGGGUAUCAGUGAAUUAUCGCACUCACUAUGGACCCCGGAGGGCACAAUCAAACUCAGUGCCUCCCUUCACGCUACGCUGUGCUGCAUAAGACACGAGAAGCAGCCAGUACUUCUCUGGGCUGAUGGCAUCUGUAUCAACCAGAGCGAUCAAAAUGAGAAGUCUGAACAAAUUCGUCUCCUACCGCGAGUCUUUCAACGUGCGAAAUGUGUCUUGGCAUGUCUGGGAAGCGAUAGCAAGGGCGAUAGCGCUAUGGAAGCUUUGAUGCAGAUCCGCGUUCAUGACGCUCUACCAGAGGAAUGGCCCAAGGAUCUUGCACAUAUACCAGAGGGAUGGAAGAGGAGAGGUAUACCACCGCCGGAUGAUCCGAUCUGGACCGACAUAGGUGCUCUUUUCGAAAGGCCUUGGUUCGAGCGAGCAUGGAUCAUCCAAGAACUCCUUGUGGCUACUAGUGUCAGCGUUAUCUGCGGGAAGUGGAUGAUAGACUGGAAUGACCUCCUCGCCGUCAUCAGAGUCAUCACACGCGCUUCUCAGCCUCCGCUUGAGCAGGCACUUGGCAAGGCUCAAGGCAAAUUUGGUCGGUUCUCAAAACUGGCAAAGCGUCGCGAGGGCGAAGCCAAGCACGAGCGUCGUCCCCUACUUGAUCUUCUCGAGGACUUCAGAGACUCCAAGUCGUCCAUUGACCACGAUCGCUUCUUUUGUCUUCUUGGUUUGGCAAAAGAUGGCAACAACAAGGACUUUGUUGUUGAUUACCGUCUCAGCUUUGACGUCCUUGUCCGCAAGUACGCUUGGGCGUUUAUCAAGCAAGGGAAAGUCUUGGAGCUUCUCCACCGAGCAGGAAUCAAUUCACGCAAGAAAGACUCUUUCCCAUCCUGGAUUCCGGAUUGGACGGUCCCAAAACCAAGCAGUCUACGCACACUGGAGGCACAGGGCAUGCCAUGUGCGGCUUCGAAACGUCGUAGCCCUCGGCUCGAUACAAGCCUAAUGAAUAAUUUGGAACUACGGCUAGAAGGAUUCAGAGUCGGCGAAAUAGAGUCCAUCAGCGAGACUUCAAACGUUGCGGAAAAACUGUGCUUGUACAUGGAUGAGGUCGACAGGAUGAUUGCCUCUUCAUCUUACCAUCGCGAUGGAGACCUCAGAUGGAAAGCCCCGAUCGCCGGAGCAUGGCGCCGCAGGUCUGAUGGCCACUCUAUGAAGUCUUCAUACUUGGCAUUGCGAGAGUGCCUGGCCAUGGACAGAGACAAUUCUGAGGAGAGCAAGCCAUGGAACAAGGUAAAACGCAAGGCCGGGACCAAGGCAAAAAGUGCGUCUGGCAAGGACCCGAACCACAUUGCUGAAUCCAGGGACUCUCUUUGGGCGCGGGGUCAAGACUACUACCUCACCCUUCAAGGCAACUUGACUGGUUGGAAGUUUGUGGUCACCAAGCAACAUGGUGUCGGCAUUGUUCCACCUACGGCUAAGAAGGGGGAUGUUGUGUUUGUCAUCCACGGUGGCGUGGUGCCAUUCCUGCUUAGAAAAGAGGAAGCAUUCAGGGGCUCCUUUUCCCUUGUGGGAGAGUGUUACAUCCACGGCUUGAUGAAUAAUGAAGCAGAAACACUAUGUGCAGCCCCAGAGCAAGUCAUUUCUUUGCGAUGA